AUGCGAGAGUGGUACGAAAAAACAAAUCUGGCAAUCGGCAUUAAAUUAAAAACCGUCAGUCACGAAGUAAAGAAAUGCAGCAUCAAGUUACAUGAGAUGAAGCUACCCGUUUUUAGCGGUGGAUACGAGCAUUGGGUAACGUUUCAGGAUAUAUUCGAAAAAGUAAUACACGCCAGCAAAACGGUAUCAGCUACGGAGAAGAUGCAGUAUCUGAAGAGUCACGUCACGGGGGAAGCAUCAAGGUUAAUCCAGCACCUCCAAAUAGCAGAAUGCAACUACGAUACAGCGUGGAGCAUUCUCAAAAAUCGAUACAACAACGAAAGGCUAAUAGUAGGGAAAUUAAUCGAUAAAAUUUUAGAUUUUCCCAAAAUUGAGCAAGAGUCGGCAGACGCCAUUAGGAGAUUACAUGACACCACCCACGAGUGUCUGAAAGCGAUCAGCAAUCAAGGGAUAGAAACCAUAGCUUGGGGUCCAAUAGUAGCGCGAAUCAUAGCACGAACAUGGGAUGCAGAGUCAAAUAAACUAUUCGAGCAGUCCCUAAAAACGCCAAACAAAACACCAUCCCUACAGGAGCUGAUGGAAUUCCUUAAGAUGAGAUUCCAAUCAUUAGAAGUACUGUCCCAGGCCCGGAAAGUUCAACAUGAGUCAAUCCAAGGACACCAAAGAUGGCAGAACAAUCGUCAGCAAGGGUGUGCGUACUGCAAACAACAGCACAAACUAGGUGACUGCAAUAAGUUCAAAGAGUUGUCACCAGCAAAUAGACUGGGAUUCGUGAAGGAGAGGCAGUUGUGUGUGAACUGCAUGAAUCACAAUUGCAACAGCAAAUGCAGAUCGUUUCGACGCUGUGCAACAUGCCAAUAUCCACAUCAUACAAUACUACAUCAAGAUUACGAGAAGUCCGCAGUCCAGAAGCCAGCAGUACAUGCGUCAACAGCUAAAGAGGUGAAGACCGGAAUCGCAGGGAAGAAUGAAGUCUUGUUGGCAACCGCACUAGUAAGAGUGGAAGACGCUAUGGGCGAACUCCACGUACUACGAGCAUUGGUGGAUCCAGGGUCUCAGGCAUCCUUUAUAACCGAGCAGGCAGCACAAGUGCUAAGGCUACCCAGGCAGGCAGUACGGGCAGAAAUUAGCGGCUUAGGGAGGUCAGAACCAACGAAGGCAACAUCCAAGAUCACUAUCCAGCUACGACCACGUCAUUCAAGCACGUUCACAUUAGCAACGGACGUAGUAAUUUUGAAGAGGAUCACAGGGGAGCUUCCGAGCAAGUCUUUCGAGUUCAACACCGAUCGAUGGAGAAACCAACUGCUGGCUGACCCCACUCUCAACAAACCAGGUCCCAUAGACAUUCUUCUGGGGGCAGAAGAUUACGCCAACAUCAUAAUGGAUGGCAUAAGGAAAGAAGACAGCUGCUUGGCCCAGAACUCAGAAUUGGGAUGGAUCCUGUCAGGGCAGAUACACACCCCAAAGGGACAUAAUGUGACAUUAAUCAGCAUGGUGUCGCGAGCAACAAAGAACACACAGUUAGAAAGGUUCUGGGAGCUAGAAGAAAUACCAGGCCCAGCAGGGCCGUCCAAACAAGAUACAGAGUGUGAACAGCACUACCAGGAAACCACCGUAAGAAACACUGAUGGAACGUACACAGUAAGAAUACCGUUCAAAGAGGACCCGUCGGUAUUGGAAAGUGCCAGGCCAGUGGCGGUUGCAAGAUUAGUACAAUUAGAAAAGAAGUUCCUUGUCAACACCAAGUUGGAGAAGGAGUACAAAGCCUUCAUGCAAGAAUACUUGGAACUGGGGCACAUGAAAUUAGCCACCAAUCCACAGGAGAAACGAAUUUACAUUCCUCAUCAAGCAGUAAUCAAAGAGUCCAGUGCGACGACCAAGUUGAGGGUUGUUUUCGACGCAUCCUCAAGACCGGCAAAGGGGAAGAGCCUAAAUGAAGUUAUGCACGUAGGUCCAAGGCUACAACAAGAUCUUUGGAGUCUACUAGUCAGAUGGAGAAAACAUCGCUAUGCCAUCACAGCGGACGUAGAAAAAAUGUAUCGGCAGAUCAAGCUGGACAAAAGAGAUCAUCGAUAUCACACGGUUCUUUGGAGGUUCGCACCGCAAGAACAAAUCAGGGAAUACCAGCUUACAACGGUCACAUAUGGGACAGCAUCAGCACCAUAUUUGGCGGUAAGAACGCUGCAACAAUUGGCCAGAGACGAAGCACAUAACUACCCAAAGGCGGCGCAGUAA